AUACAUUUUUAAGUUUCCAUUGGAUUAUUUUUAAAAAACAAAAUUCAAUUUCCGGUUUUGUCUUUGGGGGAAACUGUCAAGUACACGAUUUACAUCAACUGCUACGUCUUAGCAAAUAUUCAUCAGAGCCAACCCUGUUAGGUUGAGUGUGAACGUUGCAAUUAACUUUAUUUGUAGAAGUUUAUGAGACGCUUGGCAAAUACUCUCGUCCCCCUUGCAUCGUACAUAGAAACUACAGUGACUGUAUCAGGACAGGGGGGGGGGGGUUAACUUAAACAAAAUAUGUACCAUAAAAACUGCUACGUUUAUUAAAAGGCAACGGAAUUGAAUGACAGAGGGACGAGAACUGUUAAUGUUUUGCCUCAUUGUAGGAGGAGCGAGUUUAGCCAGAGGACUUUCCAGCUACAUCGACGCCCUUUCCAACAACACAAUGAAAAGCUUCUUCACCGCGACCCUUCCCAUGGACGUCGAAUUCUUAGCCGACUACCCGGAUUUCUUCUCCUUCAUCGUGAUGAUGAUAGUGACAGCGCUUUUAGCGGCGGGAGUAAAGAAAUCUAGCAUGCUGAAUAAUAUUCUGACAACCUUAAAUCUACUGACCGUUAUAACUGUUGUGGUAUCUGGAUCGAUUAAGGCUGACAGCGCAAAUUGGAAGAUUGCCAAGGAGGAGAUUCCACCGGACGUUCGCAAUGCGGGCGAGGGCGGUUUUGCGCCGUUCGGCGUCGCGGGAAUUAUGGCGGGUGCGGCCAAGUGUUUCUUCGGGUUCGUCGGGUUCGAUGCCAUCGCUACCACCGGAGAAGAGGCGAAAAGGCCGCAGCGAAAUAUACCGUUGGCAAUCGUUAUUUCUUUGAUUGUUAUUUUCUUGGCGUACUUUGGGGUAUCAGUGGUGCUGACCAUGAUGUGGCCGUACUACGAUCAGCAUGCGGAAGCUCCAUUCCCUUACGUCUUUGAACGUGUUGGUUGGCCGGUAAUUAAGUGGAUCGUUACGAUCGGCGCUGUUUUUGCAAUAUGCACCAGUCUGUUGGGGGCGAUGUUUCCUCUACCGCGCGUCUUAUACGCUAUGGCGAAUGACGGCCUUAUAUUCACCUUUUUAUCACGCGUGCAUCCAAAAACCAGAACACCUUUAAUUGCAACAGUAGUUUCCGGUAUUUUUGGCGGGGUCAUGGCGCUAGUUUUUGAUCUGCAGCAGCUGAUUGACAUGAUGUCCAUUGGAACAUUGAUGGCGUACACAAUUGUGGCAAUUUGUGUGCUAAUAUUGAGGUACGAAGACCCCCAAGAAGUCGAGAUUCCCAAGAGUGACAGUCAUCAUACAACUACUGGAGUAAUCAUCAAGCACUUUGCGUUGAUCUUCAACUUAAAUGGAAACAAGCACCCUAACUGUACCACAGCCACAUUCACCAAGGGAGCAAUAUGCGUCUUCAGUGUCAUAGCGUUGGCAGUGUGCUUCUUCAUCAAAUAUGCAGGAACCUUUGUCAAUGCGGAACAUCCUUAUUAUUUGACUGGAUUUAUUCUUCUUGCCAUAAUUCUUCUGAGUGUCGUCGUUGUUAUUGCCAGGCAGCCGACGUGCUCGAUAGAAAUUUCGUUUAAGGUCCCUUGGGUCCCUUUUAUCCCAUGCUUAAGUAUUUUCAUUAACUUAUACUUGAUGUGUGAGCUAGACGCGUACACGUGGCUGAGAUUCUUGAUUUGGAUUUGCAUUGGUUUCUUUAUCUAUUUCUUAUACGGCAUUAGCCACAGCAGACAGAAGGAAUGCAGUAUAGAUAACGAGCCACAAACAUCAGCAGCACCUGUUUUUGUUAUGAAAACAAAGCCCGAGGAACGCUUUUGAACCAACGCGUGGUACUUACUAUGUAAUGACGCUUAUUGGACAAUGUGAUUUUAUGUUUAAUGACACAUUUAUUUUAAUACCCUUAGAUGUAGGAAAAUAAAAUGGUUUCCUUAAUUAA